CGACUGCCCGAGAGCCCGCCAUGAUCCGUUCUCUGCGCGCUCUCCGGAAGCUCUCCGUCUCUUGCCGGCCAUCUCCACGUCCACCCCGCUUCUCGGCUUCUCCUCUUCUCUCUGAGUCGCUCUCUCCUUCUCCUCACCUUCUCCUGCCUGCCUUCUCUCUCUGUUCAACUUUUGGGACUGUUUCUCUUGGAGGGAAUACCAGUGGAUAUGGUGGUAAUGCUUCUAGUGCUGCAGAGGCGGAGGAGGUGGGGGAGGAGGAGGGGGUGGUGAGUUAUCGGCAGACGGAUGCGUAUGCGGCGAUCGAGCUGGCGCUGGACUCGGUGGUGAAGGUGUUCACGGUGUCGAGUAGCCCUAACUACUUCCUACCCUGGCAGAACAAGUCGCAGAGGGAGAGCAUGGGGUCUGGGUUUGUGCUUCCUGGUCAAAGGAUUGUAACCAAUGCGCAUGUAGUAGCUGAUCAUACUUUUGUUUUGGUGAGAAAGCAUGGUUCUCCAACCAAAUACAAGGCAGAAGUCCAAGCCAUUGGGCAUGAAUGUGAUCUUGCACUUCUUACUGUUGAAAGUGAAGAAUUUUGGGACGGGAUGCGUUAUCUAGAGCUGGGUGACAUUCCAUAUUUACAGGAAGCGGUAGCUGUUGUUGGAUACCCACAAGGUGGAGAUAACAUUUCUGUUACUAAAGGGGUUGUCUCUAGAGUUGAGCCAACACAAUAUGUUCAUGGUGCUUCCCAGCUUAUGGCUAUACAGAUCGAUGCUGCUAUCAACCCAGGGAACAGUGGGGGGCCUGCAAUUAUGGGAGACAGGGUUGCUGGAGUGGCUUUCCAAAACCUUUCAGGUGCGGACAACAUUGGUUAUAUUAUACCUGUCCCUAUCAUAAAACAUUUUCUUGAUGGGAUAGAGGAGAAGGGAAACUAUGUUGGUUUCUGUUCUCUUGGACUGUCAUGCCAGCCUACUGAAAAUGCUCAAUUAAGAGAACAUUUCCGGAUGCGCUCUGAAAUGACUGGUGUGCUUGUCAGCAAAGUUAACCCUCUUUCAGAUGCCCAUAAAGUGUUGAAGAAAGAUGACAUUGUUCUUGCCUUUGAUGGUGUGCCAAUAGCAAAUGAUGGAACAGUUCCUUUCCGGAAUAGAGAGAGGAUAACCUUUGAUCAUCUUGUCUCAAUGAAGAAACCAGAAGAAAAGGCCACUCUUACGGUUUUGAGAGAGGGUGUGGAGCACGAAUUCAACAUAACCCUCCGUCCUCUACAACCGCUGGUCCCGGUUCACCAAUUUGAAAAAUUGCCUAGCUAUUAUAUUUUUGCUGGCUUGGUCUUUGUCCCUUUAACACAGCCCUAUCUUCAUGAAUAUGGAGAAGAUUGGUACAAUACUUCACCUCGUCGACUUUGUGAACGGGCUUUGCGAGAGCUGCCAAAGAAAGCUGGUGAACAACUAAUCGUCCUUUCUCAGGUCUUGAUGGAUGAUAUAAACGCGGGUUAUGAACGAUUGGCUGAAUUACAGGUGAAGAAAGUUAAUGGUGUCGAGGUCGGAAACCUGAAACAUUUGUGUAGACUAGUAGAGGACUGCAUAGAAGGAAGUUUACGGUUAGAUUUAGAUGACGAGAGAGUUAUCGUAUUGAACUACCAGAACGCAAAAAUGGCAACCUCACGAAUCCUGAAGCGUCAUCGAAUACCAUCAGCAAUGUCUAGUGAUCUUGUGAACGAAGAUGCAGCAGGCUCAAAUUGAUUUAUUUAUUAUUAAUACCAAUUAUUCCACUUUGUGUAACAACAACAGGGUGGAGAUCAUCACUUGAUUUUUUUCCAUAACUCGUGAUGAUCUGCAGAAAAAUUUUGACAUUGUUGUGGUUUUUGUGGUGAACAAAUAAACCUCAGUAAAGCUUAUCUGUUGUUCCUGCAGCAAAAUCAACAGAAG